AGACUUCGGACACAGAGAGGAGCUCCAGACUGAAGCAGCUCAUCAAAAUAGACCCCCGUCCAGACCAGGAUGUUGUCUCCCAGUCUCUUCCAGCCGCCCCCCCUGGCCAUGAGGCCUUUCCUGGACCGGCACUGGCCCAUCCGCAGCCUGUGGCCUGAGACCCGGCCCCUCUUCUACCAGAUGGAGCAGGAGAUGUUCCGCCACAUGCAGGAGAUGAGGCAGAACAUGGAGUACAUGGAGAAGCUGCACCAGAAGAUCUUCGAGGAGAUCGACCACUCCCCCACAGGAGUCUUCAGGCCCAUUGCCUUCCAGGAGCUGGGGGGGGACAGCAGCAGCUUCGCCCUCAGCCUGGACACCGCAGAUUUCUCCCCGGAGGAGCUGUCAGUCAAACAGGUGGGCAGGAAGCUGAGGGUGAGCGGAAAGACGGAGAAGAAGCAGGAGGACGGGAGGGGCUCGUACUCCUACCGGUGUCAGGAGUUCAGGCAGGAGUUUGACCUGCCGGACGGCGUCGAUCCCGAAACCGUCACCUGCUCGUUGGUGGGGGGCCGACUGCAGAUCCAGGCUCCCCGGGAGAGAGCCGCGAAAGACGGGGUGGAGAGGAUCGUCCCGAUCGACUUCACCUCCGUCCCAGCUGUCACCUCCAGCGGGGGGGCUGAGGGCGGCAGCAGCAACCCUCCAGAGAGCAACCCAGUUGAAAAGAAGUGAACAGAGUGGGACCUCCUCCACUAGCCCAUCUUUGUUUUCUCAGUUUGUCCACGGAGAUCCAGACAGAGUGAACAUCUGCUCGCCCAGCAAACUCUCUACUUCAGCCGCCUUUUGACACAAACAUCUGUUUGUUUAGUCAUUUGUGAUGCUUUUCCUCAUUAAUGUUUGGUUUUUCACUUUUGUUCUAGUGGUGUGAUCAAAUAUUACAUGAUUUUAGUAAAAGCUUUUGAUUUUGUUUCAUAAAUAAUGUUCUGUCUUUUAAACUCAUGCAAGAUAGUUAACUCUGAUAUAUUUAAGGCUUUAACAAUAGUUUCCAGAUUGUUUUGAAUGACAAAACAAAAGCAACAUUUUUAAACCAUCAAACAAUUUUGUCCUGAACAAAAAUUUUCUUUUACUUCUAAAUACUCUGUCGGUUUGCUACUGUCAUCUUAAAGAAUUAAAGUUUUUUCUACAUUCUUGACAAAA